AUGGAUCUUCUCCUUCAUCUUCUCAUGCUCGUUUCACUACUCUCAUCUCAAACACCAUUAACAACCUCAUCAUCUUCACCACCUUACGCCUUAAAACUAGGCUCUUCUCUCUUUGUAGACAACAAAGAUGAUGUCUUAAUCUCUCCAGACAAUGUUUUCACAGCCGGAUUCUACAGUGUGGGAAACAACGCUUUUUGCUUCUCAAUUUGGUUCACUAAACCCUUAUCCACCGGGUCCCACACAGUUGUCUGGAUGGCUAACCGCGAUGCACCCGUUAACGGAAAACGGUCCAAGCUUUCCCUAACCAAAACAGGCAAUUUAGUUUUACAAGAUGCAGAUCAAGAUCUUCCCAUUUGGACCACAAGAACACGCGACUUAACCGAUUCAGCUGAAUUAAAACUCAACAAUUCAGGCAAUCUUUACCUCCAAAGUAAAGAUGAAAAGAUACUAUGGCAAAGUUUCGGAUUUCCAACCGAUACCCUUCUUCCAAAUCAACCACUAACCAAAGAAUCCAUGCUUGUUUCUUCUAGAAGCAAAACAAAUCAUUCUUCGGGUUUUUACAGGUUGUUUUUCGAUAGUGAUAAUGUUCUUAGACUCGUGUAUAGUGGACCUAAAGUGACAGGUGUUUAUUGGCCUAAUCCAGAGCUUCGAGCAUGGGAUGCUGGAAGGAGUACUUAUGGUAGUGAAAGAACUGCUUCAAUUGACACUUUUGGUCGUUUCAUUUCAAGUGAUGGUUGGUUUUUUAAUUCUUCAGAUGAUGGGAUUCAGAUUAUGAGAAGGGUCACCAUAGAUAUAGAUGGAAACCUUAGAGUCUACAGUCUGAAUGAAAACAGAACAUUCUGGAAGGUUACUUGGCAAGCCAUGGCUCAAACUUGCAUGAUUCAUGGAAGUUGUGGUGAAAACAGUACGUGUUCAAAUCAGCCAACAUUUGGUAGGAAGUGCACUUGUUUACCAUAUCAUAAAAUGGUUAAUCAAACAGAUUGGUCGUAUGGUUGUGAGCCUGAAUUUGAACAAACUUUAUGUGGUAAUGGUCACGAUAGUUUUCUACAUCUUUCUCAUUUUGAUUUUUAUGGGUAUGACUUAAAGUAUCUUCCGAAUGUUACCUUGGAUGUAUGUAAAGAAGAGUGUAUGAACAUGUGUAGUUGCAAAGGGUUUCAGUAUAAGUUCGAUAAGAAACAAGGCAUCUUUCUUUGUUACCCGAAAUUUCUAUUGCUGAAUGGGUUCAGCUCGGUUAGUUUCAAUGGUUCUUUGUAUUUAAGAGUCCCGAAAAUUACCUUAUUUUCUAAUACCACUAAAGCUACUCAAGAGCUUGGGUUAAAUUGUUCUGGACAUCCUAUGAUGGUGGAAAUGGAAAGAGUUUAUGAUAAGAAGAAUGAAAGAGGGUCUAUAAAGUUCUUAUUAUUGUUCACUUAUGUAUUUGGGGCGUUAGAGGUCGUUUGUAUAAUCUACUUCUUCUACAAAACAAGAAAAUCAGUUACAAAAUCACAAGGUUAUCUCCAAGCUGCAACGGGAUUUGAGAGGUUUAGUUAUCGGGAUUUGAGAAAGGCGUCUGAAAAUUUCAGCAUGGAGAUUGGGAGAGGAGGUGGUGCGAUUGUGUAUAAAGGGGUUUUGUCUGAUAACCGAGUUGCAGCCAUAAAACGUUUGAAAGAAGCUAAUAGCAACCAAGGGGAAGCGGAGUUUUUGGCGGAGAUUAGUACACUCGGGAGGCUUAAUCACAUGAAUUUGAUAGAUAUAUGGGGUUAUUGUGCUGAAGGAAAGCACAGGAUUUUGGUGUAUGAGUAUAUGGAGAAUGGAUCAUUGGAGGAAAAUCUACACUCGAAAAAGUUACAUUGGGAUAAAAGAUUUGAAGUUGCGUUGGGUACAGCAAAAGGACUUGCGUAUUUACAUGAAGAAUGCUUGGAAUGGGUUUUGCAUUGUGAUGUGAAGCCUCAUAAUAUAUUACUGGAUCAAGAUUACUUACCAAAAGUUGCAGAUUUUGGGUUGUCGAAGUUUUUUGAUAGAGAUGGAAGAGAUAACUCGGAGUUCACAAAGGCAAGAGGGACAAGAGGUUACAUGGCUCCAGAAUGGUUCUUUGUGAGUCUUCCGAUUACCUCAAAAGUGGAUGUUUAUAGCUAUGGAGUUGUGAUGCUGGAGAUGAUAACUGGAAGAAGCCCACAAGGCGGUGAUCAAAGUGGUGGAUAUGAAAGACCGAUGGUUCAGUGGGUGAGAGAGAAGGUUGCUGAUGGAUAUGGCGGAAAGAGUAACUGGAUUGAAGAGAUUGUAGACUCUACAGUGAAAGGAGAAUAUGACAGAAUUCGAAUGGGAAAUUUGAUCAAAGUGGCUUUGCAAUGUGCUGAGGAAAUUAAGGAUGCAAGACCUACGAUGAGCCAGGUAGUAGAUAUGCUCCUUCGCGGUGAAGAACUGUAG